CUGGAAUCAUUUCAGACAGUAUCUUGGUUGGAGGCAGUUUACCCGUAGUUUGUUCUUGGAAUAAUAUAUUUGUAUAGGAUAUAGUGAAAGAGGAACUAUUACCUUGCCUUUGGAGAUAAUCGUUAUCUUUCCGGAAUAUGUCAGAGGGACGGGUUAGCCCAAUUUAAUUAAGUUGGAACGGUCGGACAAUCAAACAAGAUGUCAUCAGAAAUAUUAUCUCAUAUUAACGGGACUGUUUUCUCUGGGUCAAUUAAUACGACAGGAGACGGUGUGAAUAGUACGCCUACUGUUGAUGUUUACGAGGAACCACACGAAAACUUGGAAGCCAUUCUGGUGCCGAUUCUCUUCGCUAUAAUAUUCCUUAUUGGUGUCGUGGGAAAUGUCACUUUGAUCAUGACGGUGUUGAAAAACAAGUCUUUGCGGAAUACUCCUAACAUCUUUGUCGUCAGUUUAUCAAUUGGUGAUUUACUGUUAUUAUUGUGUUCCGUACCGUUUUCUUCCACGCUUUUCACGUGUUUCUCUUGGCCUUUUGGGCGAUUUCUGUGUAAAUUUAACGAAUACAUGCAAACACUUUCUCUUGGUGUCUCGGUAUUUACAUUAACCGCCCUUAGUGGCGACAGGUAUAUCGCAAUUGUACAUCCCAUGAGCAAACACACGGGAAAACCUACGCUCAUAACAGUGGUAGCAGUCGUUGUGAUUUGGAUCUGUUCCGCAGCUCUCGCCAUACCGGAGGCAGUUACAUCUAACGUCCUAUAUUUUGAAGGAAGAGCCCCUAUGGAGAAUGGCAACACCACAGUCUUACCAAUAACUAUCGCAAUUUGUAACAUUUAUCCGGCGAACAGCUUGCCAACGUGGUAUAGCAAGGCACACUCCAUGUACAGAUUCAUAGUGUUCUUUGGAUUACCUCUCCUCGUCAUCGCAAUCUUUUACGUCAUGAUGUCGAGAAUUCUGAUAAUCAGCAGUAAGGCAUUGCCCUGUGAAUCCGUGAAAGGGUCAGCGAUGAAUCAACAGCAGAAAAGGCAGAUUCAAGCGCGUUUGAAGGUGGCAAAAGUUGUUCUUUCAUUCGUCGUUAUCUUUGUUGUUUGCUGGCUACCACGUCACAUCUCGAUCCUAGCAGGCCAUUUUGCCGACCCGGAGUACAACAUGUUUUGGCAUGUUCUGAAAAUAACUUCAUUUUGCCUGACCUAUAUCUAUUCAUGCGUGAAUCCAUACGCUCUCUACUUUCUAAGCAGCAAGUUUAGGAAGUAUUACAACCGCUAUUUCUUCUGUUGCUGCCGUAAGAGCUCUUAUCAAGGCUUAGCGGGCGGGGAACAUUCGGCCUCGUACAAAUGUAACAGCACUAUUCGCCGGGGCAGCACGACUUGUACGGUCGUGUUGCAUUCACAGUCCAUGUGUUAAGACUGUGAAUGGCGAUACAUGAAGUUCUAUUUAUAGCAGUUAUUUCAAUGGUAUAUAUGAUAUUUUUUCUGAAUUACCAUCCUGACAGUAUUUCCUGCUUGAUCUUAGCGUAGAUUAAUUAUUAUUUUGACACAUCAUUUUUGUGAUUUAAAUUCUAUGUUGUACAAUAACUCGAAGCUGAUCGAUUAUUGCAGAGCCAAAUCGAAAACGAUAUAUUCAGUUUUAAUAAGUACAAUAUAUGGUAUAUAACCCUUGAGAAAAACAGGAGACUAGCAUAAUAUAAGCUGGAACUAUUUCAGAAUGGGAUAGGUAACGAACGCUUUUGGCUAGAAAUAUGAUACUAAGUCAAUUGUAGUAAAUAUUCUCAGCAGAGAUAUCCAGUUAUUUUAAUAUCAAGGGAGUAUUAAAAUUCUUCCUAAGACAUAUUUAUUCAGUAAAACAUUUUAUUUUCCUUGAAAAAGUAAUCAUAGUGUUAGAGUAUACAUAUAAGAAUAUGUGUGCAUGCAAUUUGACGUAUGGAUGUAAUCUAGGUGAUAUAUUCUAUAGAAUUGUUCGUUCAUAUGUUGCAUGUCGGGUACAAUUAUUGUCUUUUGUGAUUCUACGAUGAACUUAAUGUACCAUUAAUUAAUGCACUAUGCAUACCAUAAAUGUGCGACGUUUACGACUUUGAACAAUAACACCUGACAAAUAAAUAUAUAAAAAGCAAAUGGCACGAAAUAAAUGUAUUGCUACAAUAAAACUUUAACGUAAAAUUCAAAUCAUUGAUGCAAUCAUAAAGGAGGACGCUUGUGGUUGCUAAUGGUCGCUCGUUAUCUAGUUCUGUUUAUUGGUACACUAAUUGAAACAAUUCACUCUCCUGGCAAAAACUAAGUCAAAAUGACGGUACUGGUACUCAGCUAUUUGUCUAGUGUAAUUGUUUCAUUACGAAAUGGAACACAAGAAGUGCUAAUGAACAUCGUAUAAUAACGUUCUCCUUUUAGUACAAAAACUUGCUGAUAAGUGUCAAUUAACCUUAACCUUUUAACAGAAUGCAACAUAGUCGUAAAAGGUGCUCAUUUCUGGUAUGCAUAGUGCACUAAUGUAUGGUACUUCGAAUAACAAAAAACAAUAACUAUAGUACCCGAAAUACAUCAUACACGUUCUGUCAUGACUAAAGUGUUGUAUUUUACGAGUUGCUGCAGUAUAAGUUUGACGUGCUACAUGGUAUACUGAUAAACUGACGCAGCAAUGUAAAAGUAACCCAUAUGUUUAUUCAGAAAGUUAAAGAAUUACAAAAGGGAGUAUUUUAAUACAACAUAACAAUUAGCGGUUCUUCAUAGUCACUUGAUAUCUUCAAAAUCAUUUGCAGAUUAUUUUUAGGAAUGCUUGAGAAAGUUCCGCUUAAUUCGUUUUUUUCUUAAUUAUAACAAAUAAAAGCGGUUGUCGCUGUAACUAGUUGUGUUAAUGUGUAGAUUGUGUAAGAGCUAGUAUGAACUGCAGAAAUGGUUUAUUAUUAGUAAGUUAUAUUAUUAAAGUACAGACCUUUUCUUGGAUACAUUUUAGCCGAAAUAUUUGACAAAUCGCUUUCCAUUUUGAUGAAUUUGUUAGAUCUGAAUGUGUUGAACUGUAGAAAUGUGUUAUUAUUAGUAACUUGUAAAUAUAGCACAAACUUUUUCUCUGAAACACUUUAGCCGGAAUCUUUAUCAUCAAAUAGUGAUGUCUAUGUUUUAAAAUAAAUGCAAAAAUACAUGGUGUAAAAUGAGGCAAAAGGCUGUACCCGCUAGAUGUGCUAUUAACAAACUUGUUCGAUGACGCUUUAAUAUUAUCUUAUUCAUGUAGAUUAUGUUAAUAACAUCCAGGAAAGGUUUAUUUUUUGUAUUUCUACAUUACACAUUCUACCGUCCAAGCAUCACGUUUUGUACUUAUUAUAGAGAUCUAUUAUAUUGGAAAGCUUGUUUAUAGUAGCAAAAAUAUAAAUGGCAGAAGCACUUUAUCUUCAUGUUUUAGUUUGUUGAAACGAUAGAAUAGUGUAUAUAGGUUAUUAAUCCGUUGUCAAGGUUUUCUUUAAAUGUGGUUAAAGAGAGUUAUGUAAUAUAAAUACAUUUAAUAAAGCACAAGAACGAGCAUGUUAUUUGGAUGUCGAACGCCGUUGCACUUUAUGUUGCUUUAAAAGUAUGAUAACAAAGUGUAUAGAGAUAAUAAACGAAUAAAUGUUGAAUUUCAUAUAAUGUCGUAACAAAUUAUAUGUAUUUUCAUUGCACAACGGUCAAUAUGUGUAAAUAUAUUAAUAUAUACAUUUCAAAUAUGCUAUUUCAUCAGAUCUCCAUUUGAAUGAUUUCCAAAACACUUAUUUCAGAGUUAGUUCAGACAAUUUUAGUCUGAUACGCUCGUUUCAUAAGUGUGUAAAUUGAGCGAAAAUUGCAUUAUAUAUAUAUAGAUUGAUUUAUUUCUGUAUAAAAUGAAUAAAAUAUGAAUUCCUCAAACAAACUAUAAGGUUAAAUAUAGCGUCCUUACAUAACUUUUAGUCUUUUGAUUUCAAGACAAUUUGCAGCUUCAAGUUAUCUUUAAAACUGUCUUUGGCUGGCUAGGAAUGUUCAGGCAUGUGACAUGUCUUUUUUCAAAUAUUUUACAUAAGUAAUCAUUUGGAAGAAAAGUUGAGCUAAUACAAGUCCUUUUUUAAAUAAUGUUUUAAAUGUUAUUGUUGCAAUAAAUUAUCAAAUGGUCACUUAGACAACAAUCAAAAACACCACUUUGAGAAAUAAUUUGGGGGUCAGAUACUAUAAUUAGAUCAAUGACUGUAGAUGAUACAGAUGAAAUUCUUGCGUUGUCAUUUAUCAACUGUGUUAGACUCAAUAUGCCACAAAAUGACUUCACAGCUCUGACCAAAAGGCAUUUACUUGUGGAAAAUACAUUGGUGUUUAAAUCACCUAAAAUAAUUGUUUAAAAAAAACCAAUGAAAUUUGGACAAGAUAAAAACACUGAAUCUUAAACUUCAUAAAAGAGUGUCUGUUAAGGCGGCCUGUACAUAACUAAACAAAAUAUGGGCUUAGUCUUUGGC